UUCAAUACUUUUGUACUUGAGGAAAGGAUUGUUAAAAUUUUUUAACAAAUAAAUUAUUUACAAAUAGAUUUCUAAUAAUUAAAAUUAUCAUGAAAAAAUAUUUUCUGUGGAUUUUUUUCUUAAGAAUUGCUUCUUCAAUGGCAAACGAUUAUUGUGACUUAUGUAAGAGUCAUACAAUGUGUGAGUUCAAGGGUCAAAGCCCAACAUGUGGUAAAUAUGUUGAAAGUGGAAUCACAGCAGCAGAAGCUGAAGAAAUAGUAUUCCUGCAUAAUCUUUAUCGUUCUAAAGUUGCAAAUGGUUCAGUAAUAUGUGGAUCACCAGGCCCUCAACCACCUGCAGCAAAUAUGAAUGCUCUAACGUGGGAUGAAGAUCUUGCAAAAGUGGCUCAACGUUGGGCUGAUCAAUGCAAUUUUGAUCAUGAUAAAUGUCGACGAGAUGCUCGAUUCCGAGUUGGACAGAAUAUGUACGUCAACAUUGGUCCAAUAACAGUUGACUGGAGAAAAGCAAUCAAGUCUUGGUAUUCUGGAGUUCUUAAAUUUAAUAAAUCAACAGUCGAUAGUUUUCAAUCUAACAUAAAUACCAACUCCUACACUCAACUAGUCUGGGCAAAUACUAGAUAUGUUGGCUGUGGACGUACAAUUUUUGAAACUACUUCCAAUGACCAAGAAAACUCCCUAAAAUACGAUAAAUUUAUUUCAUCAACUAUAAAUGGCUCGAAAAACAGAACAACUAAUAAACAGAGUGACACUGACGAUGCUAAAAUUACUCGACAGAAAAGAGACUAUGCAGAAUAUUUUGGUGAAGCUUCAUUGAAUGAAAACGCGGCAAGAAGAGCUCUGGGACCAUUUGAUCCUAUCUUUACACAACAGAGAGAUCAAAUGAACCAACAGUCAUCAGUUCAAGGCAUUCAGAACCAAAACUAUUUUUCUGCUGAUCAAUAUGAUUCUCAACCUACUUUCUAUCAACAACCUUUUAGAAGUGAUAUUCGAUAUUAUUAUACAAAUCGACAGCCUCAACCAGAACAGCAAAGUUAUGUUCAUUUAUAUCAACCUGAAAGCAAAAGCUAUGAUCCAAGAAACAUGGCUAGUUAUUCCUCUGAUUACAGUGGUCAUUCAGACUUUUUAAGAAGUGAUGAAUCAAAAGCUCUUCUUGCUGAACAGUUACUUAAAGCAUUUGGCGAAUUUGUCGAUAAUGAAGAGGCUGGAUCUUUGGAAGAUGAAAAUGAUUCAGAAAGUCAAUUUGAAAAGCGUAUUAUGUUUCAUCCUAGGUUUGGAUUAGUACAAUAUUAUGGUGAAAAGACUCCUAGAAUUGCAAGAUCAGUCAAUUCAGAAUACUUCUCUGAUGACGAUGGUGAUGACAUUGCAUAUGGAAGACAAGAAAUUUUAGAAAAGAAAUUUCGCCAACAAUCACCGGCUCAACAUACAACUCUAACAAGAAAACAAAUACUUGUUUGUAAUUACGGCCCAACUGGAAAUGUUAUUGAUCAACCUAUUUAUAUCAAAGGGAAACUAUGCUCUGAAUGUCUCCCGAAUACCACGUGCAAAAAUGGACUGUGCUCUUAUAAUUAGCUUAAUGAAUUUUUUAUGAUGAUGACGUUCUCAUAUACUAUGUUUUUGGAAAAGCACAUUUUUAUCAAUGAUUCAUCCUUUUAAACAGAAGUCAUGUAACUUUUAAUUCAUAUAUAAUGGCAUACGUAUUAUUUUGAUAUUUAUAAUUUAAUGAUCGUUAAAAAUCUACUUUUCUUAUCAUUCAAGUUAUUUUAUUACAUUAUAAUUACUUGAGCUAUUUAAAAACUAUUUAAAGAUUCAGAAUAAAAUUGUCUGAAUGAACUAAUUGAAUGAAUAGAAUUAAUUCUAUUUAAUGAAAAAGAUU